CGUAGAUCAGCACGUGUUUGCCUAAAUCAGCUGUUCGAUUGUUCUUGCAGUUAAACUUCACAACUAUAAAUAAAGUUUAAACCAAUCUAAUCAAAAAAGAUCUUAAUAGAAACUGGUAAAAUAUAAAAAAUGGUAAAGGUGGUAAAAGGUAAAGAAAAAGGAAAAUCUGCUUCUAGUAAAAAGUUGACUCGCAAAGAGCAACGCAAGCAGAAGCUUCAAAACAAGAAAGAAAACAAACGGUUGUUCUUCUCAAAUAAGACCAAAGGUGCUUCAUUAGUCGCUGAUGCAAAGGCAGCCGCAGCUAAUGCUCAAUCAAAAAAGCGAGCAAAGAAACCCAAAUCCAAAAGGUCGAAAAAAAAUGUGGCACCAGAAGACAUACCAAUCGAAGAAUUACUCGCUGGAAAUGUAGAUUCAGACAAUGAAUCAAUCGCUUCAGAUUUUUCCGAUGAUGAAGUUGAUGCACGUUUACCAGCAAAGAUGGUAAAGCGUGAACAAUCAACACAUGAGUCGAAGAAAAAACAGAAGAAACAACAACCCACACGACCUGAUGCUGAGGAACAACGCAGACGAGUAUUAAAGCUACAAAAGGAUUUGGAGAAUGUAUCACGAAAACAGCGACUCAAACAGCUCAAAACUGAGAAUGAAGAAGAAGAUCGUCUUAUAGCAAAAUUAGAGAAGAAGUUAAAGCUGAAUAAGACUAAAGACAAAAAUCGCUUGGUGCGCAAAAUGUUUAGUGAUGGUUUAGACUAUGCGCUAGAAUUUUGUUUGGAUGAUGAGGAAGAGAAACGUAAGCGUGAGUUGAAGGAGAAAAGAAAAGAAGAGCUGCAGAGGCAGAACGAUAGCGGUUGGAGUGAUGAGGGCGAGUUUGAUGAUGAAUGUGAUGACGAAAUAUUCAAGGACGGUAGUUCGGAGGGUGCUGAUGAUGAUAAGAGCGGUGAAGGUAACGAAAGUGCUUACAGUGAUGAAGAUACCGAUGCUGAUAUUAACUCUCAUGACGGGGAAGAUGAGGAUGAGGAAAGUCAAAAAGAUGAAUUUAAGGAGGACAUCUAUGGCAGAAAACGUGAUAAAGAAGGCAACAUAAUAAAGAAUGAUACAGAGCCAAAAGCAUCAGACUCAUCACAACCACAAAAAUAUGUACCACCUCAUCAACGUGCACUACUUGCUGCAACACAAAAAAAUGACAAGCAGUCGCUCAUUCUGGAACGAUUGCGUAAAAAUUGCAAAGGGUUGCUAAAUCGUCUUUCUGAGGCCAACCUGCAUAAAAUUUCAACGGGUAUGGAAGAGCUAUAUAUGAAAAACUCACGUUACAACAUGAAUGAAACCCUUGCUUCUUUAUUGCGUGAGGCUUUAUUGGGUCGAACAAUGGCCAAUGAACGUAUGGUACAGGAACAUAUGGUCCUGCUAGCCUAUCUGCAUGCCCAAGUGGGUAAUGAAAUUGGCGCACAUUUUUUGCAAAUGUUUAUAGAGCAAUUUGAUUUGCUUGUAAAGGAGAUAUUCACGCUGGCAGUGGAAGAUAAGAAACUAAAUAAUUUGGUGUUAGUACUGGCUUACAUAUACAUUUUCAAAAUCUAUGAACACCGACUGUUGUUGGAGAUAAUCGCACGACUGUCUGAUAAUUUGUGUGAGAAAUCCAUUGAAUGUUUGCUUCUAAUCUUUCAAUCCGUCGGGUUUAAAUUACGCAAGGAUGAUCCACUUGCUUUCAAGGAAAUGAUGUUAAGCGUACAGCGCAAAAUCGCUGAAGCCCCUUUGGAGUUGAAGGAGAAUUUGCGUUUAAAAUUUAUGGUUGAUAUUUUGAAUGCAGUCAAAAAUAAUAAUAUAAACAAAAUUCCUCAAUUUGACCCAGAACUAGCAGAGAAUCUGCGUAAACGACUGAAAGCCAUGUUGCGUAACGACAAAUAUGUGACCACUUUGAAUAUAACCAUGGAUGAUUUGCUGCGCGCUGAUCAAGUGGGCAAAUGGUGGGUGGUUGGAUCAGCGUGGAGUGGGAAUAUCGAUGACAUCAACUCUGCGACGAAACAAAAUAAGGAGCAGGGUGCUGUUGGUAGUCAACGAUUUUCAGAAAAGUUGUUAAAACUAGCGAAGCAACAGAAAAUGAAUACAGAGGAACGACGAAAUAUUUUCUGCAUCAUUAUGGGGGCUGAAGAUUACAUAGAUGCCUUUGAAAAGAUAUUGCAUUUAGCAUUGAAGGAUCAGCGCAGUAUUGCCUAUGUAAUUAUCCACUGCAGUUUGAACGAGAAGCGAUCAAACCCUUACUAUGCACAUUUGGCAUUGAAAUUCUGUCACUACAAUCGAAAGUAUCAAUUAGCUUUCCAGUUUGCAACGUGGGAUAGAAUAAAUGAUAUGGAAUCACUGAAUAAAUUACAAGUGAAAAAUUUAGCGAAAUUUUUGCAGCAUUUAAUUUUAAACGGUGGUCUACAGUUGACGGUAAUCAAAGUUGUAAACUUCUUGCAAUUGGACAAGAUAAGCUUCCUUUUUAUGAAGGAAAUUAUGGUUGGUUUAUUAUUAAGCGAGAACGACAAUGAGAUUUACCAAGCAUUCGAACGCGUUGCAAAAAACACAAAACUCGGUCAAUUCAAAAAUAGCGUACGAUUGUUCAUACAACACUUCUUGCUACAGGAGGAAAGCAAACUUAAGUUAAAUGAAGAAAAAAUGGCCCUUUUAAAGAAACGAGCGGAUCACGUCGAUAACAUACUGGCAUAUGUGGACUUGUAAUUUUGCAUUAUUAGUUUUAAUUAGGAUUUAUAAGUUAAAAAAUAUAAACUUAAAAAAA